AAGACUUCCCAUUAGCCGACUUGAACGACUGACCUCGUCAUUACUAGUGACGCGCUCUACCAACUGAGCUAAACGGGACUUAAUGAUUGCCAAGACCAGCACUUGUUGAACCUUAAAAGUUGCGUGGGAACUACGGAUCAGGAACUUGGCACAGACGCACAACGUUGAUCUCAGACCGUUGACCAGCGGCUAUCCAGCAACGUUGAACGGACCCUUCUCUCACAAUUUUAAUAUGGGGGCUUAUUACGACGAGAUCGAAAUUGAAGAUAUGGCAUGGGAUGAGGUAAAAGGUGUCUACCACUAUCCGUGCCCCUGCGGCGACCGCUUCGAGAUCUCUCGCAAGCAGCUUGCCAACUGCGAGGAUAUCGCAACGUGUCCGAGCUGCAGUCUGAUCAUCAGAGUUGUCUACGAUCCAGUACGUCAUGCGAAUCUUUUUCAGCGAGAUGUACAAACAAGAGCGGCAGCUUGAUUUUGAAGACGAACCUCCGGAUGACGAGGGGUCUGCAUCGGAGGAAAGUGAGGAGAGUGAGGAGGAAGAUGACGAUAGUGAUGCCGAUAAGUUCGAGGAUGCUCUUGAGAAGCUUACUCUAUCUGAGCCCUCGGCGGCGGCGGUUGCAGCAGCAGCAUGAGAGGUUGAUUUCCUCGCUUGUUCCGUGUCGAUCAUCGCUGCAGACGGCACUGGAUAACAUUCUAUGGAACAUUAAAAUUAUAAUAUUAAU